AUGAUCGGGCGAGGGAAUGGGUUCAUAUUAUUUCUACUUUUGUUUGUAUCUUCACUAUUAGGUUCUAUUUUCUUUUUAUUUCCGUUUGUGCCAUUGGCCUUUUUUGCUCCCCGAGCAUGGAGAUUCGUGGCAGACAGAUUCAUCGGCUACUGGUUGACAUUCCCUGCUGUAAGUUUAUCAGUUGAUUUCUAUGUGUAUUGUUUAGGGCAUAUUGUUCUUCUUGUUCGGGCUCAAAGUCCGGGUGACCGGAGACUUGAUCCGCAAAAAUGAGCCGGCUGUAAUUAUUAUGAACCACAGGACCAGAUUGGAUUGGAUGUUCUUUUGGAAUGCCUUGUAUAAGAUGGACCCGUGGCUGUUGACAACGGAGAAGAUCAGUCUCAAGUCUGAUUUGAAGAAGAUUCCAGGAGCAGGUAAGUUGAUUGGACGGAAAGAUGCAGCUUUUUAUGUUACACUAACCGUUGAAAAUUAUGAAACCCUUUAGUUUUUAGUGUAACUUCUUUCAAAUUGUAGAUAGAACCUAAAAAUUUCCUACGAUUUUAGAUAGAACUUUGUCAUCUGUAGAUGUAAAAAAAGUCUAAAACGAAUAUAAAAUUUAAUUAUAAAAAGAUCUUUUCAGGUUGGGCCAUGGGAUGCGGUUCAUAUAUUUUCUUAAACCGAAAUUAUGGCAAAGACCAGAGGAUAUUGGAGACUAUGAUAAAGUAUUACAAAGACUCCAGCUACAACUAUCAGGUGGGCUACAAAAACUGUUGGCUUAAUGGUUCUCUAUUUUAUAUUACAAUUAAUCAAACACUUUCAGCUCUUGUUAUUUCCUGAGGGCACUGAUAGGGGUGAGCGGGCUACUAAUUUAAGUCACGCUUAUGCUGAUGAUAAGGGACUUCCAAGAUACGACUAUGUACUUCAUCCGAGGACAACCGGAUUUGGGUUCAUCUUGAAUGAGAUGCAGAAAAGUAGGUACAUAAUAUUAUUUUAUUCUUAGUUUUUGUAACUCUCUCCAUUUGUCUUUGUUUUCUUUUACACGUUUUUUAUAGAUCAAGUCAAUUUUUUAAAUUUAUAAAGUCCUGCAACAUUUUAGGAAAAUACAUAAAGUAUGUUUAUGAUGUGACAAUAGCAUACCCAAAAGGCGUUGUGGCUUCUGAAAUGGAGUUGUUGAAGACAGGCAAGAUACCUGAAGAAGCUCAUUUUGACGUACGAAGAUAUAGUGUUGAAGACGUCAUAGGUAAAGAGGAUACUGAUUGUGCCAAAUGGCUGAAAGAACGGUGGUCGGAGAAAGAAGAAAGGCUGAAGGAUUUCUACGAAAACGAGCUGAAGUUUAAGCCUUCUGGAGGCGAUUCUGCAAUUUGGCCGGUAUGUUUAUAACUUCAAAAUAGUUUUCAACAUUUAGAUAUCAUUUGAAGUUAAAUGUCGACAAAUUUUGAUAUAUAUGCGUGUAUAACAUAAAAUGAUCUCUAAUUUCAGGUCGAUACCUUCUCCUUCGGUUAUUACCUGGCGUUUGUUACAUGGACAUUUCUUUCAGUAUUCUGGAUAUAUUGGAUAUACACUAGUUUUUAUGUCAAACUGUAUGUUACAGUGGCUGUAAUUUUCUUCUCGGUUGCUCACAGAACAAAAGGAGGUGUCGAGUUUCUAUUUCUGGAGUGGUUUUAUGGAUCUCAACUGUUUUUGGCGUGAAUAAUGUCGUUUGCAACCUUUGAACGGGUUUCUAAUAUUGCAGAUGUUGUUUUGUAUAAAGCAUGUAUAUAAUAAAUAUAUUUUUUGUUAUGGUUAUAUUAGCGUUUAAAUGUUAUUGACAUUAUGCUACCUUUGAGAUGAUACACUUGUUUUACUCUGUCAAUGAUGUAUAAUAUUUAUAAUGAAAGUAUUGUGAUUUAGGGAUAAUGGCGGAGCCACCGGUCACCAAGACCACCACGGCUUUCGAGAAGAUACGAGGAUGGGUAUUCGUCGUAUGUAUGUUGCUGUCAGCCUUCUUCGGCACUAUAUACAUCCUUAUGCCCUUAAUGCCGUUACUUUUCGUUCGGCCGCGGUUGUAUCGUAAGCUGGUCGACCGAUUUGUUGGAUUCUGGGUGGUUUUACCAUCGGUAAGACAUUCUUUGUUAUAAGUGUAUAUCUAGUAGUCAGAAGGCCUUUAUGAUACUCAAUUUGUACUUGAUUUUCCUCAUAUCAAUCUUUACUUUUUGACCAAUCACGUAUUUUUUUACUGUAAGUAGUGGUUCCAAUUUAGGGUUUAAUGGAAUACGCGUUUGGAGUCAAACUCCUAGUAAGGGGCCAGAUAGUCGACAGGAACAAGCCAGCUUUAAUAAUUAUGAACCACCGCACCAGACUGGACUGGCUUUUCUUCUGGAACGCCCUCUUCAGAAUGGAUCCGUGGUUGUUGACUACAGAGAAGAUCUCGCUUAAGGGGAUGCUGAAACACGUCCCUGGAGCUGGUUGGGCAAUGGCUUCAAACUGCUUCAUCUUCUUGGACAGAAUCUUCCAGAAAGACGGCCCCAGAAUCGAGACUUUGGUCGAUUACUACUCCAGUUUAGGCUUUAAUUACCAGCUUCUGUUAUUCCCUGAAGGCACAGACAAGUGUCCUAUCGCUACGGCAAACUCGAAACGAUUCGCCGACAGAAGUGGUCUAGUACACUAUGGCUACGUUCUCCACCCCCGAGUUACUGGCUUCACACACAUCGUACAAAAGAUGAGAGAGUGCAAUUAUAUUGACAACAUCUACGAUGUUACAGUAGGGUAUCCAGAAGAAAUAGUACAAUCAGAAGUUGAUUUGGGAGUGUUGGGAGCUUGUCCCAAGAAGAUCGUGUUCGAUGUGAGGAAGAUCGAGAUGAAAGACGUGCCAAAAGACACAGAUAAGCUAGGUGAAUGGUUGAUAAACUUGUGGGAGAAGAAGGAGCUAAAGUUGGAACAGUUCUACGAUAAACCCGUAGACAAGAGAUUCUUUGACCCACAGCCAGGAGAUGUCGAGUUCAAGGUAAGUUAAUAUAUCUGCACGAGAUCAAUCACAGAGGAUUAAAACUAGUAGAUACCUAUAAAAUGUGUCUUUAAGCUUAUGUAUCCUAUUUUCAGCUCACCACCCAAACUUUUAUCAUCCAAGUAGCUAUAGUCAGUGUAUGGAGCGUACUACUGUUCGUGUGGAUGUACAUCAUGUUCAACUACAGCUACCAAUUCAUGCUGGCCUUCCUCACUACAGCCUUCUUCAUCGGAUGCCAAUUCUUAUACGGUGGUUUGGAGAAUUUGUUGGCACAGCAAGCCAAACAACCAGCAUUAGCACCUUACUUUGGCUACGAGACACAGAAAACCUCUUAA